AUGGCAAAAGUCCUUAAUCACCUGCUUCUCGCUGUAUCUGUUAUGCUCGUCUGCCUCUCGAUGCUUCCCCCCGCAUUUGCCGCCUGGCCGGUGCGCAUUGCUCGCAUGCUACAGGCUCACAACGUAUACAUUGGUCAGCGACAGCUGCGCCGCAACCAUGCGCGAAAACUGACCGACGUUGUAUAUCGCGGCUCUCAGCCACCGCUGCGCAUGCUCGAAACGAAACCCGUUUUCGACAAGAAACGGCGCGAACAGGUGGGCGCCGCCGCGCCGUCGUCGUCCAUUCCCAUUGAAUACCACGGCGGUCCCGUGAUGAGCGGCGAAACGCUGAAUGUGUACUUAAUCUACUAUGGCUUCUGGCCUGCGGGAAUCGGGCAGGAUGUGAUCGAGAAUUUCAUUCGGUCGCUAAGCCUAGGAAGCUCCGAAGCGCAGGGGAGAGCCGUGGAUCCGAAAGUGAGCAACUGGUGGGCGACGACUUCGAAAUACUACUCGCUGGCGUCUGACGGGUCUAAGAUCACCGUCAGCACGGAGGUGAAGCUCGCACAGGUCGUCUACGACCACGGGUCUCAUGGGAAGAGAUUAGGUGGCCACACUACCUGGAGAGUUAUCAUGAGCAACAUUGGUGACGGAAAACCGUUUCCCUACGACGCCAAUGGCAUUUACCUAAUUCUGGCCGGCAAUAAUGUGGAAAUCCCCGGCUUUUGCACGUCCUUUUGCGCGUGGCACUCUAUGCAUCUUCUUAAUUGGAAGCCCGUCGCGUAUUCCCUCGUGGGUCAUCACGGAUUGUGCCCGACAAGCUGCGGGGUGCAGCAGACUUCGCCCAACGGAAAGCCCUGGCUCGACGCGAUGGUUUCGGCGAUCGCUCACGAAAUCGCUGAAGUUGCGACGAAUCCUGAUGCCCGCAGCGGCUGGUUCGAUGCUGGCCAGAGAGAAGGCGCGGAUAAGUGCAGCUACCACUACGGAGUUACGCAAACAACUAAGAACGAAAACGGUGAGGAUGCAGAGUACAACCUCGUGGGGCUCAACAAUAUGAAGUUCCUGGUGCAGCAUAACUGGGACCUGGCGACCUGGUCGUGUGUGACGCAGACAACUGAGAGUGCGUUCUCGCUUCUGGCCAGACUUAUGGCCAGGCUGUUCCAAGCCCCCAAUCACAUCGGCGGCAAUCCCUGGUGA